GUACAAGCGACAGCUUCGGCGGCAGCCGCAUCAUCCACCUCAACGCCGCGAUCCUCGGUGAGCGGAGCAUCAGCACGAUCGCACAAUCGUGAUAACAAGGUUCCGCUGAGCCACGUCUACAAGGUGAUACGUUUCUACUCUUUCUGGAAGACGUGCACAUCAUUCCAUCGCAUCGUGACGAUGAUCGACCGGGUCACCGAUGACCGAAACGUGAAUCCGGACUUCAAGAAGCGUCUUUUUGUCCAAUAUUUGUGGCGAAACGCAAAGCCUGUGGAAAAGGCGCGGGUUCAAAAGGAGUUCGAUCCUCGACGACAACGGCUUCUGCGAUUCGUUACCGAACCUGGCUCCAGGAAGAGGUCUCAAAAGAUAUAA